ACGCAGGAGAUCCAGGAAGUACACGGCCUUGUGUUUAUCCGUCUGUGCUGUUCUCCUUCUCCGCUUGAACUGUGUCGUGUCCGUGGGCCCCAAUGGCGACGUUUAUUUCUGUCCCGUUGAAGAAGUCCUCGGAGGUCGACUUAGUGAAACCCUUGUCGAAGUUUGUGACGGCCACGUAUCCUCCCGGCGAGGAGCAGGCAGAGUACCUCCGUGCCGUGGAGGAGCUCAAUAAGCUCCGUAAAAGUGCUCUUGGGAGGCCGCUGGACAAACACGAGAGCUCGCUGGAAAUCCUGCUGCGAUAUUACGAUCAGCUCUGUGCAAUCGAAACCAAAUUUCCCUUUCCAGAGCUAUGCCUGACAUUCACAUGGAAAGAUGCUUUUGAUAAAGGAUCACUUUUUGGAGGCUCAGUCAAACUUGCCUUGGCAAGUUUGGGCUACGAGAAGACAUGUGUAUUGUUUAAUGUGGGGGCACUGGCCAGUCAGAUUGCUUCUGAGCAGAAUCUCGACAAUGAUGAAGGACUGAAGUCUGCUGCUAAGUUCUACCAGCUGGCAAGUGGUGCAUUUGCUCAUAUAAAGGACACAGUGCUAUCUGCAUUGAAUCGAGAGCCCACGAUGGAUAUCUCCCCGGAGACAGUGGGCACGCUCAGUCAGAUCAUGCUUAGCCAGGCACAAGAGGUCUUCGUUCUCAAGGCCAGUGCAGAUAAGAUGAAGGAUGCCAUCAUAGCUAAACUUGCCAAUCAGGCUGCUGAUUACUACGGCGACGCUUUUAAGCAGUGCCAGUACAAAGAGAAUCUGCCUAAGUAUUUUUAUUUCCAGGAAGUGUUUCCUGUCCUCGCUGCCAAGCACUGUAUGAUGCAGGCUACCGCAGAGAUGCACCAGUCAGCCAUGGCCAAUCAGAAGAAAAAAUUUGGAGAGGAGAUUGCUCGGCUACAGCAUGCCACAGAGCUGUUGAAGACAGCUGCUUGCCGGUACGAUGAGUAUGUGAAUGUAAAGGAUCUGACGGAUAAAAUCAACCGUGCUCUCACAGCUGCAAAGAAAGACAACGACUUUAUAUACCAUGACCGUGUGCCAGAGGUCAAAGACUUGGAACACAUUGGCAAGGCUUCUCUUGUCAAAGCAACUGCAGUGCAGACACCACUCAGCCAGAAAUUCACAGAUCUUUUUGAAAAUAUGGUUCCAAUGGCAGUGCAGCAGUCAGUGAGUGCAGCCAAUUCAAGGAAGUCAGACACCGUGAACAGACUUGUUGGAAGCUUGAGAGAAGCAACAAAUCUGUGCAAUGGGGUACUGGCAUCUCUGAACCUCCCUGCUGCGCUGGAGGAUCUGUCAGGAAACUCAGUCCCUCAGUCCAUCCUGGAGAAGAGCCAUGCUAUCAUACAGCAGGGCGGCUUGCAGAGCAUUGAACAGCUGAUUAAAGAUCUGCCAGAACUACUGCAGAGGAACAGUGAGAUCCUGGAUGAGUCAUUAAAGAUGUUAAAUGAUGAAGAAUCGACAGACAAUGAACUCCGAGCCAAAUUCAACCAGCGCUGGAGCAGAACACCAUCUGGAGAUCUCUAUAAACCACUCCGAGCAGAGGGAAUUAAUUUCCGCUGUGUACUUGACAAGGCAGUGCAGGCUGAUCAGGUGGUGAAAGAGCGUUACAAUGCACAUUGUGAGAUGAUUGCUUUGCUCUGCAAACCAGAGAAUGAGCUCAGUGCUGCCAUACCAUCAGCCAACCCUGCCAAGACCCUACAGGGUAGUGAGGCUGUGAACGUGCUGAGAGCUCAGCUGGCACAGUUGGAUGAGGUGAAGAGGGAAAGGGAUAUUCUGGAGGGAGAAAUUAAGUCCGUGACCUUUGACAUGACAACAACGUUCCUUACUGCGCUGGCUCAAGAUGGGGCCAUUAAUGAGGAGGCCCUGACAUCCAGCGAGCUGGACUCACGCUAUGGUACUCACACACAGCACGUCCAGCAGAAUUUACGCAGACAGGAGGAACUUCUGUCGCAGAUACAGGUGUCUCAUCAGGAAUUUUCAGCACUUAAGCAGUCCAACUCUGAGGCCAAUAACAGAGAGGAGGUGUUGAAGAAGCUAGCUGCCGCCCAUGAUAGCUACAUAGAGAUCAGCUGCAAUAUCAAAGAGGGCACAAAGUUCUACAAUGAUCUGACAGAGAUCCUGCUGAAAUUUCAAAAUAAGUGUAGUGACAUUGUUUUCGCCCGCAAAACUGAAAGGGAUGAGCUGCUCAAGGAGCUGCAGCAGAGCAUUGCUCGUGAGCCGAGUGCUCCUUCAUUCAGCAUUCCAUCAUACCAGUCCAACACCCCUGCACCUACUGCAGGAGGCCCCAACGCUGCACCCAGGACUGUGUUUCAGCAGCAGCAGCCUCAGGCUAAGGCCCAGCCCCCAGCGAGGCCACCACCCCCGAACAUCACUCCACAGGCAGCCAGUGCUUCAGUUCCAGUCAGCACUCCAAUGCCCCCCAGUAGUACUAAUUUCCCACCUGUCAUACCAACUACUGGACCCUCACAGGCUCAAGGACCACCCUACCCAAGUUAUCAAGGCUACCCAGGGUAUUACCAGAUGCCGAUGGCUUAUAAUCCUUAUACAUAUGGGCAGUUUAAUAUGCCCUAUGUGCCCUAUCAAGCCCAAGGUCAGGCUGGAUACCCUGGAGCUCCGCAGCAGCAGCAGCCUUACCCCUAUCCCCAACAGCCGCAACAGCCCUAUUACCCCCAACAGUAGAGCACUGUUACCCCCAAACAACUCUCUGCAACUACAGCCACACUCAUUCUUGUAAACUAGCACUCAUAUUACUUGCAAUUAACUAUUAACACCCCUGCAUUUGCACUCUGUCUUUAACGUUUGACUUUCUCUGGGUGGAGUUUAGAACUUAGACCUCUUUCUGUCUUACCAUCUAGCCCAAAGUGAAGCUGCUGGCUGCCUGCCACUGCUUAUAUCUUAUUUUUGUAUUGAAUACUGACAUAUAAUCUAUUGCAAGAGCUGUUAGUGAUUUCUUACCUUGAUGAUGAUCAUUUAAUUGCUGGGAGAAAAACUGCAGUUAUGUCUUAUUGUAACCUGUAUAGUAAUAUUAUAACUCCUGUUCAGUCUUCAAUCAUCGCCUUGGGAAAGGAACCGGAAAACAAAAUAGGCAAUUGAUUAAUCUCUACAAAUAAUUUGUUUUUGUGUUUCUUUUGUUUUCAUGUGAUUAAAAUCCGCUUAUUCACUUUCUUCACUUGGAGCCUGUGGGUGUGCAAGAGCAUACUUCCAUCAUUUAUGGUCAUUGUCAAUGACUCAUGGCAUUGUUUCUCAUUCAUCAAUGUCAAGUCUGACAAUCUGAGUUGGCUGGGGUAUAAGAGCAUGUCUACAUAAGUCUGGGGGUCACCACUUGUGAAUCAAGUGUGUUUGUGGGAUAGUUAUUACAAUGCUAUUUGUGUCCUUAAAGUGCCGUGCUUCGUGUCUCCAUGGAUACAGAUGGAAGAGGAUGGGAUUUUAGUCUGUGAAUGGGUUUAUCGAGGUAUAAUUAAGUGUUGCGAAUAUGUAAGAAUGUUUUCAUUCACCUACAAUGCACACUCCAUGCAUAUAUGCCUAAACUGUUACAUUUUGGGCAUUGUCUAUAACUAAUGCCUUUACUUAUGAAUGCAUUUUAGAGCACUAAAGUGACAGUCCUGUCAUUUUAUUAGCAUCAAAAUACACGGUAUAUAAAAUGUUUAUGAUACUCUGACACAAGCAGUAUGUGUCAAAAAAAAUAGCAAUGCAUCAGGAACUGUAAUCUGAAAAUCUGAUUUUGCUGUGUGCUGUUAAUGAAGGUUAAGAUGGUCUAAAAGCCUUUACACAUAUUGGAUAAUGUAAUUAAACCUACUGGCGUCAUGCUUCUCUCAGCUGUUGCUUUUUACUGACAAGCAUUCAUAUGUCCAUUUCCGGAAAUCCAUCAGCGUACAGAUCUAGCUUGAUAACGUAAAAGAUCAGAGUCCUUCAAUAUCCUCAGUUAUUUUUAUGUGCUUUAGAGACUCCAGUAACACCAAAGAUGGACUGAAUUUAGUGAAUGUCCUGUUGUGCCUCACUACAACUCAUUCAGCAUUUGGUUAGAAUUAAUCCGAUUGUUGUUCCUACUGCUGUUGUGUUUACAUACAAUAUAUUUGAAGCGAACAGAAAUAGCUUGAAAUAGAUCGUGGCUAUUGUAUUCUAAAGCACAUUUCCUGUUGAUGCUUCAUUUCCUAAAUUGGUUUGGCCUCUACUAACACAAACCAAUGAAAUACUGACAAAGAACAGGUGUGAAAUUCUCUCUGUGAGUGCGUACCGUAAGAGAAAUUCUUUGUGCCAGUAUUGAGAGAUUUAUUGAGGGAGACAGGUGUGUCAAUAGAAGUAUAUAAAUGUCAAACGGAUGCUGCAUUGUUGACUCCCUGCCAGAUCUGGCUACUGUAUCUCUUGUGACCAUUUUAACCUGUCUAGAGCUUUCUCUGAUGACUUGAGGGAAUGAGAAAGUGUCAUUAGAGAAAGCUCAGUGCUCAAGUAGUUGUUCUAUUUGUGUGUCUUUCAAGUUAAGUAACAGAAUGCUUUGAUGUCCCACAGUACUGAUUGACUUCAUAGUUUAGCCAGGCGUACUGUAUGAACAGUAUGUAUGAACAACUGCAUGUUGACCCUAACCUUUACCCCAGCAGGUGCCAGUCUGGACAUCUCAUCCUCAAGAGCCCAAGUCCAAUUUUACCAGUCAGUGAGAGUGGCCAUUGUUUCAACAUAUAGAUUUAGGUUAUAUAAUAGGCCAUACUAGAAAGCGGAACAGUUCAUAUUUGGUUUAACAGUUGUUAACAACUUAAAAAGAGACUGAAUCAAAGGAAUAGUCUGGGUUCAAUACAAGUUAAGCUCAAUCGACAGCAUUUGUGGCAUAAUGUUGAUUACAACAUUUGUUUUCCUUAAAAAAAAAUAAAGCAACAAUCAAGGUUAUAUUGAGUCACUUACAAUGGAAGUCAAGGGGGCAAAUUUUUGGAGGGUUUAAAUGCAGAAAUGUGAAGCUUAUAAUUUUAUAAAGUA